GCCUGCUGCUCUGUCCUCCCGUGGUGUCACAUCAAAACAGGUCCCCGGGGAACGUGACCAUUACGUAUGGUUCCGGAGGACAGCAGUAAGUGGGAAGUGGGAGCAGGGGAGUUUGUGUGGGAUUCAAGACUCUUCUCGGACAAUAAAUACCUCAGGCACACAUGGAGUCAACCAAAGUACAAGACACACAAACAGCGUCCUCGGUUCCUCCAGCAGGAGGAGCUUCAGCCUGGGAGGAGGCAGCAAGGUUCUGGAGAAGAGCGUCAUUCAGACCCCGAGACAAGCUGUUCGGGUGUUUGAUGAGGACGACAAUGAUGUCACGCCUCAGCCGCUGUACGUGGCUGAUCCAGCAGCUGUGCAGACCAAAACCAGCAAGAUCUUUCUGGAUGAGAUCUCUGCUGGAUCAGCACUGGACCAGACAACCACCACGGGGAGCUUCAGUCUGCCUUUCUCCAGGUCAGUUUUUGGAAGCAGCAGAAUAUCUAGCCACUCUACUGUAGAAUCCAUGAAUGAGGAGAUUGAGGAUGCAUUUUGCAAACGGGACAUGCCCAUCAACAUCACAGAUGUGCACAGGAAAAGAGACCCUGUGAAAGAACAUGUGACAGAAGAAAUGCUGAAAGAAGUCAUAGACGUCUACAUCUCUGAGACAGACAGCAUUUCACUGCUGGACAUACCCAGCAGCCUCGUCUCAGUAGACGCUGAUGACGCAGAAGUUAUAAUACAGAGAAACAAUCAGUACGCUGAGGUUUGCAGGAGCAGAGCGAUGUAUGAUAACUACGUGGAUCGCUCAAUGCAGACACUGAAUGGAGCAUCUAAAUCCAAACAUGUCCAGUGUGACCGCGUGGUCAUGGUGGACGCAGCCUCGUCUGUUACUGCUUGGGACAUGUAUAACACUUUCAUCAGCCCUGAGCAGGAUGAACGAGCGUGUAGUGCUGAACCAGAGAGGGCUGACUAUCCAGAGACUGUCACGGACACCAGCAGAGGUGCAGAGAGGAGCGUGUCAGUGGGCAGCACAGCUAGUACCGUCAGUGCUGCCAGCUCACUGAGAGAAGUGGAUGCAUUUGGAAACAGUUCAAACGCUGAGUCAGACCUGCAUCUGAUCAUGCUGUCAGAGAAAUUCCAACAGUCCUUACUAGUGAUGGAGAGGAGCAUCCUGGGAAACAUCUUCCAACCCAAGCUGGCUACUUACAGAAAGCUGCCCAUACUAACAGACCCAGACAGCCCGGUGGAGCAGAGGGAGGAGGACACAGACAGCCCUCGACCUCCAGCUGUGGAGCGUCUCUGGGCUUUCAGCUGUGAGCUGAGCAGAGGACGCAGGGUCAGCAGCACGGCCUGGAACAAGAAGAGCCCGGACCUCCUGGCUGUCAGCUAUGAUGACCAAGGCUGUGAUGAGUCCAGUAACCAGGAACCAGGCCUGGUUUGCUGCUGGUCUCUCAAAAACCCCACGUGGCCUGAGCGGAUCAUCCGCUGUGGCAGUGCUGUCACCUCCCUGGAUUUCUCAUUCAACAACCCCAGUCAGCUGGCUGUCGGCAUGAAGGACGGCAGUAUAGCUAUCUACAACAUGCAGAGUCAAGACAACAAGCAGUGUGUCGUCAGCAGCAGUGAAUGUCCCAACAAGCACCAGGGUCCAGUGUGGCAGCUCAGGUGGUCCCAGCAAGAGUUGAGUUUAACAGGAGAGGAAAAGAUGGAGGCUCUCUUCUCCGUGGCUGGAGACGGACGUUUCAGCAAGUGGUUUGUCAGCAAGAAUGGCCUCGACUGUAUAGACCUGAUGAAGCUCAAGAAGACUCAUAAUAAGAAGAAGGUCGGAGGGAACAAGACAGAGAAGCAGACAGAAAGUGUUCUGUCAGCACUGACGGCUGGUCUGUGUUUUGACUUCCAUCCAGCAGAUUCCAGUAUCUACUUGGUUGGCACAUGGGAAGGUCUCAUCCACAAGUGCUCCUGGUCCAACAGUCAGCAGUUUCUGGAGACGUACAGGAAACACUUUUGUCCUGUGAACUGCGUCACAUGGUGUCCGUUCAGUCCUGAUGUGUUCCUGAGCUGCUCCUCUGACUGGACCAUCCAGCUGUGGAAACAGGACUACCUUAAGCCCGUGCUAGGCUUCACCUCCAACCAGAGAGCAGUGUCCGACAUCAAGUGGUCCCCAAAGUGGGCCACAGUGUUUGGAUGUGUUAAUGAGGGACAGCUGGAGAUCUGGGACCUGGAUUCCAGCAUCCUGGACCCAGUCAUCGUGGAGCGUGCUGCCCCAGGUGUGAAGAUGAAGUCCCUGCUGUUUGCCACGCAGACGGACUGUGUCCUGGUAGGAGACAGCGAUGGACACGUGACUGUCUACCAGCUCAGGAACUUCAAUGUGGGAGAGAGCAGCAAGGUGGAUCUUCUGGAAAACAUCAUCAGCUCUGCAGCUUCCAGAUAGCUUCAGGAGAGACGAGAUGUUUGGGCUUCUGUCUGACUGACAUUCUUAAUUCUGGUUUACACAAAUCUUCUGUCGAUAUUUAAAUAAGUAACAUCUUAUACAAACACAUGAGUUAUGGCAUCAGUCUUUGCUGUACACUGGACUUGUUGAAGGAGUCAGACUAAUCAUGGUGGAGUAAGUCAAGAGUUAAAACCAAUCCAACCCCAGUGAUCAUGUUCUGCUCUUUAAUGAAAGUAUCCUGAGCAACAAAUUUUGUGAGCAAAAUCCAUAAUGGAAACUUUUUUUUAUCAUAAUGAAGAAUAUGUAUCAUGAAAUGUUUUGCAUUAAAUUGGAUGGACAAAAGUUUCUUUCCACAUAUGUCGUCAUUUAACUGUUAACGUGUAUGUUCUGUAUGUGUGUAUGUAUUUCCUAUAUUUAUUAUACUCUGUUUUCUUUCUUUUUUAUCUCGGUUAGGUGUAUAGAUGUGUGUGUGUCUCUUUCUACUGAUGUGUGCAUAAUUAAAGUAAGCUGAAUCAUUUUCUCGUCAUCAGAAAUAUUUAUUCUUCAUUUUAAAAACAGCAAGCAGCAAAACUAAAGGCAGCUAUCUUAUCAAACUGAAUAUAUUGUUUUUCUUGUGAUCAAACAAUAAAUCCAAAAACAAAACCAGCAAUAAUGGUCACCUAAUAAUGAGCAGAUUUAUAGAUUUCAUCAUAGCAACAGCACACUUUCAAAAUGAUUAGUGUACAAAUAAAAACAUAAGAAACGUUCUUAAUACAUUUGCUCAUAAGAGAAAAUGUUUGAACGCAGCUACACAAACAGAAACAUUUCCCUUUAUGAAUGAUUGGAUUAUUAUUCUCAUCUGAAACCCUGCGGGCCAAAGUUCUGUGCUGUGUUUUGUCUGAUAACUUACUCUGUUUUUUGCCAAAAACAUUUCAUAUAUUGAGUUUCUAAUAAUAAAGUGCAGUUGCAGUUGAGAGUCAUAUGGCUUUGUUUCCACUCCAUUGUAGAUGUCUGCUUUAAUCUUCAUUCUUCUUACUGUGAUAUUGUGUAGAUUCUUAAAGUUUGGUCCAUUUGUCACCUGAACCAAUAAUGCGACAUCAUCUGACUGACACCGAACUCACCUCUGUCUCUGUGAGACAUUCUAAUACUCAGCUGUGCUAACUGUUAAUGAAGAUGGUUUGACACAAAUUUUUAAAAACCAAACCUCUGAAACGAUCAUUUUAUUUUAUACUUAUGUUUCCUCAUGGCCAAGGAGAUUUAAUUAAACCUCUGAAGUAACACUUACUGCCAGUAAAAUGCUGCUUGUACAGUAAUUAUCGAUAAUAACAGUACUUUUUACUUUUUUUUUUUAAGUUAAC